UGAGCCCUGAUAGAGUGACAGUUACCAAUCAGUAUCUCGGACACCCUGAAGGAAGGAGCUCGAUAAAGUCACUGUGACGAUACUCCAGCAGUAGUAAGUACAGCAGGAUGGGUGUGAUAAAGGGGAACGAGUCUCCGAUAACCGUGGAGGAUAUUAGCGAGGAAGAGACCGCCAUGAGAGAGGCAAGAGGCAUGCGGAGGUAUAAUUUAAAGGUAGUCCGCAUUAACCCCGGUAACUACUUAAUGCCCUCACUGUACCGUCAGCUUAAGGAUAUAUACUACAACUUUGAGUACCGGAGUGAUGAUAUAGUGUUUGUGACCUUUCCGAAGUCUGGCACCGUCUGGACGAGGGAAAUUCUGAGAACCAUGAUUGACACUAACGACACCCCAGACCCCACCAAGAUUAAUAAUUGGGGAGGAAGCUUCAUGCUUCAUAAGGAAUUGAGGCAGAAUUUAUACCCUGGGCACCCUGACGUGGAGAUGUUGAACAAAGUGUGCCCUGGAGCUCGGGUAGAGGAUGGUGUGCAAGUUCAGUUGGCUGCCGCCUUCAAGGGCCGCAGGAUCCUGGGUUGGCAUCUUGCACUGGACCUUUUAGGUCCUCAUCUUCUCAACACAUGCAAGGUAGUAUAUGUGGCCCGCAACCCAAAAGACGUGUGUGUUUCUAUAUACCACUUCUUUACCAACAAGAAGAGCUAUGAGGGUAAUCUGGAAGACUGCGCACGAUUUCUCCUGGAAGAUGGCGGCUACUGGGAGCACAUUUCACAGGCGUGGCGCCUCAAGGAUCAUCACAACCUCCACUUUAUGUUCUACGAAGACAUGAAGGAUGACUUACUGGGACAAUUGAGGAAACUGAAUGACUUCCUCAAGCUGGACCUUAGCGAGCAGAAGCUGAAGACGGUGAUGGAACGCACCAGCUUCGACAAUAUGAAGGCCACAAAUAACUUGGAACUAGCCAAAGCCAACAAAGGCCCGGGAAGCCAUUUCCGCAGGGGUGUAGCAGGAGACUGGAAGAACGCCUUUACCAGUGACCAAAAUAAACGCAUGGACGCAUGGAUUAAAGAAAAGUCACAAGGAAUGGACAUCAAAUUCAAAUAUGAAUAAUACAACCUGGAAUACCUUAAAUAAAAUUGAGUAUGCCAGGGUUCAACAAUCCUAAAGCUGGUGUUGAAUACAGUAGCGCAACACUAACAGACUGAACCUUAAACAACCCACAUAUUUACUAAACAUUGAUAACUUAAUGUUUUAAUUGUCAUGUUGAUAUGAGUUUAUAUAAUAAACUAUUAUUAAUUCAUA